AUCGCGAGAGUGAGUAUGCUUAAUCUCUUUCUGAGUCUCCUCAGGCCUCAUGCUCAGCAGCCGGUAUCCCUCGCCAGUCCCUCUGAACGGGAAGCUCCCUCUUGGUAAAAGACUAUUGCUUCGGGGUCCCUCUCCGUCACUCGUCCUCGCCAUCUCCCUCGUUCCCAGUUGCUCCCUCUCUCGCUGCCCCUCUCUCUACCCCUCUUUCUGUCCCUCUCUCUCUAUCCCUCUCUCUCUAUCCCUCUCUCUCUAUCCCUCUCUCUCUAGCUAUCCCUCUCUCUCUAGCUAUCCCUCUCUCUCUCUGUCCCUGUCCUUAUCCCUAUACCGCUCUCCUCUCGCUUCCCUUCCUUCCAGAUUCAUCCUACUACAUCCGACCCUUGUGCCACUGUACUUGAUGCGUAUGCACCAACAAACUUACCAAGCUACCGUCGCAUAUAGUCCAAGUAGAAUCCAGCAGGUACAUCCAACCAGACUAGUCGCGUUCUCCAGGGUCGCCCUUCCGUUCGAUUCCGCUACGACCUAGCCCGCUCCCUUUUGCCCGCUCGCCCAAUGCAACUAUCGCCGUGGGCUUGUAGCGGCGACAUGUUGAGAUAUGACGGAUUGUUUCCUUUCCCCUUAUGUCCUACCCCAAACUGCCGCCGGCAAUUGGGCUCCCCACCCAUAACUCUUGGCUCCGCUGGGUCAGGAUUUAAUACUCGAAAUGGACUUCAGUAGACUCGGAGCUAACGUCACACGGCACCACCCGUAUCGGCUAGUUGCUAGUUGCGUCCGGUAUGGGCUCUUUGCGUUCGCCGAUCCACCUGCCCUGGUCCCGCAGCCGAGCCCCCAGUCUAUCAUACCGGCCACGCCUGUGCCAGGCUGUGCAGCAUC